UUUUAUCCAUGGGGAUUUUUCGCAAAUAAGACAACUUAUUCGGAUCUCAAUUCGGACUGAAAGAAAUGGAACAGACUGUUUUGUGAAUAAAUAAAAAAUAUGUUCAGUGCAUUUGUGCAAUAUUGUUUUCAUCAUCAAAAUGCAGAGAAGAUUGAAUCAGAUGCCAUUGAGAAUCAAUUCCGAGGAGCAAGUGUUCGAAAUGGACGAAGAGACUGAUUAUCUUUUACAAACUUCCGAAACUAAUAUUCGAUUAAUGACAGCUAGAAAUCGUAGAUAUUCCAAUUGUUUCAAUUCGAUGCGUCGUCUAUUUUGUGGGUGUUGCUCGUGGAUGUGGCGAAGAUGUUGCCGAGAACGGGAACUUCGGGCCCGAACGAUACACAUUGGCCAACCGAUUCAUCACAAAUUUCCGACGAACGUUAUUCGAAACCAAAAAUACAAUAUUAUUACAUUUCUUCCAAUGGUACUGUAUCAGCAAUUCAAGUUUUUCUUGAAUCUAUUCUUCCUGAUAAUGGCAUUAUCACAAUUUAUACCGGAAAUAAGAAUAGGAUAUUUGUACACGUAUUGGGGACCUUUGAGUUUUGUUUUAAUGGUCACUGUCUGCAGAGAAGCUGUGGACGAUUUUCGAAGAUAUAAACGUGACAAGGAAGUUAAUAAUCAAAAAUAUUAUAGACUCGUUAAGGGUUUCAAUACACCGGAAUUAGUGCCCAGUUCAAAACUUCGAGUUGGUGAUUUAGUAAUUGUGGAGAAAGGACAGCGAGUGCCUGCCGAUCUUGUAUUGUUGCGUACGACUGAAAAAUCAGGUGCUUGCUUUGUGAGAACUGACCAAUUGGACGGCGAGACAGAUUGGAAAUUGCGAUUGGCGAUUCCAGCGACACAAAAACUCGAUAACGAUUUACAAUUGUUUGAUAUUAAAGCGAGCUUGUACGUUGAAAAGCCGCAAAAAGACAUUCACAGUUUCAUUGGAACAUUUACAUUAAUCACUGGACAAUAUGAUGGUUUCAGUAGUGAAGAAAGCUUGGGAGUGGACAAUACUUUAUGGGCGAAUACGGCAAUUGCUUCGGGAUCGGCGCUUGGAGUUGUUGUUUACACCGGUCAAGAAACGAGAUCGUUGAUGAAUCAUUCAGCUCCAAGAUCUAAAAUUGGAUUAUUAGAUCAGGAGAUUAAUCAAUUGACAAAGGUCUUAUUUUGCGCAAUGAUCGGUCUCGCUCUAGUGCUGAUGAUUUUAAAAGGAUUUAAUGGACCCUGGUAUCGAUACAUGUACCGUUUUGUUCUUCUAUUCUCGUACAUUAUUCCCAUUAGUUUACGAGUCAAUCUCGAUAUGGGAAAAACAUUUUACGCCUGGUGCAUUCAACGUGAUAAGGAAAUUGCCGGCACUGUUGCGAGGACAACGACAAUAUCCGAAGAAUUGGGGAGAAUUUCUUAUUUACUCAGCGAUAAAACCGGCACAUUGACGCAAAAUAAAAUGGUCUUUAAGAAACUUCAUCUUGGAACGAUAUCCUAUGGACAGGAGACAUUCGAUGAAAUCACUUCUGUAUUGAAGAGUUAUUAUACAUUAUUGGAGUCGGGAACUAUCCCUGGACAUGGAUAUCCAAUUCAUUCUGGAAAAGUGAGACGAUCAGAGAGUACAAGAAUUUUGGACGCUGUCAAAGCGCUGGCACUUUGUCACAAUGUCACACCAGUUUACGAUGACAAUAGUAGCAAUAAUUUGGAUUCGGAGAGUGUCGAGACUGUUGAGACGGUAGAUACAAAUUCAAUCGAGAGUUUACCUUUAAAAAUCCGAUUUGAUUACCGUAUCCAUCAAAAUUCAAUUCAUCAAACUGAAGCUGAUCAACAUUACUAUCCAACGGAGCAAACACGUAAUUAUCAAGCGUCAAGUCCUGAUGAAGUUGCCUUAGUAAAAUGGACCGAGGAAGUUGGUUUGGCACUUGUGAAACGUGAUUUAAAUUCAAUGCAAUUAAAAACGCCGUGUGGAAAAAUUCUCAAUUAUAAUAUUUUGCAAAUAUUUCCAUUUACAUCGGAAACAAAGAGAAUGGGAAUUAUUGUGAGGGAGGAAACAACUGGUGAGAUAACAUUUUAUUUGAAGGGAGCUGAUAUUGUCAUGUCGGGAAUUGUUCAAUAUAAUGAUUGGCUUGAGGAGGAAUGUGGAAAUAUGGCGAGAGAAGGUUUACGAACAUUGGUUGUUGCUAAAAAACAUUUAACUGAGGAGCAGUAUUUGGAUUUUGAAGCUAGAUAUAAUGCGGCAAGAUUGUGUGUUAGUAAUCGAGUUUCGAGAGUAGCAGCUGUUGUUGAAAGUCUUGAAAGAGAAAUGGAACUCUUGUGUCUUACUGGAGUUGAAGACAAAUUACAAGACAGGGUCAGAUCGACUUUAGAAUUAUUGAGAAAUGCGGGAAUAAAGAUAUGGAUGUUGACGGGGGACAAAAUGGAAACGGCGACUUGUAUAGCAAAAUCCUCGCGUCUUGUUUCUCGAACCCAGGGCCUGCAUAUUUUCAAAUCCGUGGUGACACGAACCGAUGCGCAUUUAGAAUUAAAUACUUUUCGCAAAAAACAGGAUUGCGCUCUUAUAAUCAGUGGCGAAUCAUUGGAAGUUUGUCUACAGUAUUAUGAGCACGAAUUUUUGGAAUUGGCAUGCAGUUCACCGGCCGUUGUUUGCUGUCGUUGUUCGCCAACUCAGAAGGCAGAUGUUGUCAGUCUAAUUCAAAGGCACACGGGAAAGAGAACGGCGGCAAUUGGCGAUGGAGGGAAUGAUGUGUCUAUGAUCCAAGCCGCCGAUGCUGGCAUCGGAUUGGAAGGACUUGAGGGAAGACAGGCAUCACUCGCCGCUGAUUUUUCGAUUCCACAAUUUUGUAAUUUAGCAAAUCUUUUAUUGGUUCAUGGAAGACGCAGUUAUAAGAGAUCCGCUGCACUUAGUCAAUUUGUUAUUCAUCGAGGACUUAUUAUUUCAACAAUGCAAGCAAUUUUCUCCGCUGUCUUUUAUUUUGCGUCGAUUUCUCUUUAUCAGGGAUUUUUAAUGGUUGGAUAUGGAACUUUGUAUACAAUGUUUCCUGUUUUCUCACUGGUACUCGAUAAAGAUGUCUCGGGAAAAAUAGCGCUUACGUAUCCCGAACUUUAUAAGGAAUUAAGCAAAGGUCGUUCUCUGUCUUAUAAAACGUUCUUUAUGUGGGUUUUAAUAAGUAUAUAUCAAGGCGGUGUGAUAAUGUACGGAGCGCUAAUAAUGUUCGAGGAUGAAUUUAUUCACAUUGUGGCUAUUAGUUUCACUUCCUUGGUCCUCACAGAAUUGAUAAUGGUGGCACUAACAAUAAGAACGUGGCAUCAUCUCAUGAUUAUUGCCGAAGUAUUCUCUCUCACCUUGUAUCUUCUAUCGUUGGUUGUUCUCAAAGAUUAUUUCGAUGCUGAAUUCAUAAGAACAGAAGAUUUCCUCUGGAAAGUAUUGGUGAUAACUUUAAUUUCGUGUCUACCGUUGUACAUACUCAAAUUUUUAAGGAAAAAAUUCUCUCCGCCAAGUUACACAAAAUUAUCGUAAAUCAAUUUAAAAGGUGGAGAUACUUCCAAAACUUGUAAUUAACAAAAAAAACAAAAGUGAUAUGAAUAAUUAUUUUUCUAUUGCCACAAGUGACAAAUUUAAGAAAAAAUAUUUUUAAUUCGUUUUGUUUUCAUUUUUUUCGUUUUAAUAAUUUUCUUAAAUAAAUUUUUUUUUAUUAGGAUUAUUAAAUAUAUUUAUAUCGAGAGAAUAAAUCUCGAUUAUGUUAA